AAUAUCAUGCGGCUCCUAUUGACUAUGACAGUCCUUUCUUUGACCUUGUUAUAUAAUCGGCCUCUUUUUAUAAAUCCCUUCUCCAGCUGUCUCUCUCUGAUUCUCUCUCACUUUUCACCGUCUUCUUAUUUCCCCUUCCUUAUUUCAAAUCUAAAAGAUCUGGUUGAUCUGCGCCUUCAGUUCCGGGAUUUGAGGAACCAGAUUAGAUAUUGUUGAUUUGGUUUCAUUUAAUUGUAAUUAAUUGAUUGAUUAAUCGAAACGGGUGCUUUUUUUUUUUUUAAUUUUCAAAUGGCUUCGAGUUUGGACCGGUGGGAAAAAGAUCCUUUCUUCUCUGUGGCUGAAGAAGUUCAGGAAUCUGCUGACAGGAUGGAAUCGACAUAUAGGACAUGGAUACACGCGAAGAAAGACGUUUCUGGAACCUGGAAUUUUGAGGAACUUCGUAGGGAUCUGUGUACUGCCCUUGGCACUACCAAGUGGCAGUUAGAGGAGUUUGAAAGGGCUGUCCAAUCAAGUUACAGUGGGAGUUCAAGUGAGGAUGCAAUAGAUAGGCAUCGUGAAUUUAUUGUAGCAAUUGAGGAUCAGAUUUCAAAGAUUGAGAAAUCAUUGCAGGAAUCAGCCCUUUCUGAGGGUAAGGCAUCAAUGCCUUGGUUGCGUUUGGAUGAAUGUGAAUGCGAUGAACUUGCUUUAUUUUUGUCUGGACCUUCUGUAUCUGGAGACAAGAAAAUUCCUCCUAAUAUUCGAGGUAGAUAUAAUGAAAUCCCAGGAGGAAUCAAUAAAGAAUCAGUGCCAGAUUGCUCCAAGAAUUCAAAUCAGUCUGUUGAGUGGAGCUCCUCUGAGUCUAAGGGCGAGAAGUCACGUGGGCAUAGGAGGACUGCUAGUGCGAGUGCAGACAUUGGUGUUUGGAAGAUUGAAAUUACUGAUGAUGUUUUACGGCAGAACUCUUCCAAUGGUCAGCUUUCUAUUCCCCCACGAAAGGUUCCAAGCUUCUCUGGUUUCCUAAAUUCCAUGGAAUCUGUAGCCAAGUUGAAGUGGUCAAAGAAUUGCUUCAGGAAGUGGAAGACAGUAGAUCGUCAUCAAGAGUCCGACACAGAGUUGUUGAAACCUCCUCAAGUUGCUAGGGGCAUUAAUGCAUGCUAUGAGAGGAGUUGCCUAGUUUGUGAUGAUUGUUAUGAUAAGCAACUUUAUGGCUGGUAUGGGGCUAUUCAACGACAACUCCAAAGGUCUCAGUAUCAGAUGCAAUAUGGUCGCCCCAUUCAACUAGCAGUUUGGGUUGUUCUCCUCCUUUUCUUGAUUGAUUGUGGGGCUAGUGCCUCCUCUUGCUACAUUUUGUAACCAUGUUCACUUUUUUGAAGUCACUUAGUCUAGAAGCUUAAGCUUCUUGUCAUCCUGUGCAGUUUUAAUCGCAUUUCACACAAUAUGAAAAGGACACAGAGAAUCUUCGACUGGCAGUUCAUACUCAGUGGCUAAUUAUUUGGGACGAAGGUAGUUAAGGAGGGUAGUAGCUUGUGCAUAAUAUGCUGUCACUGGAUGUUGUACGCAGCUAUGUCUUGGGGUGAAGGUAGGCAGUAGGACAAGAAGCAAGAGCAUCCUUUGUUCCUUAUAUUUUCCUUAGACCACUUCUUGUGUCUCCCUUCCAAUUUUAAUUUUUCAGAUGAAGGGACCGCCCUGAUGUUUAAUUAUGGGGCAGAGGGAUGACAGAGUUGACCGGCGGCUGUCGGAUCAUGUAAUAUAUGUUUUUUUUUUUUCUCCCAGAAUAGUACUUUGCAUUAAUACGAAGCUGUGUAGCCAUUUCAAUCCACCCUUCCGUAGUAACAAAUUAGGAACUGUAGAAAAGGGAAGUGGGAAAUUUAACUAAAUCAGACCUCAAUUCCUUUACUUGUCGCAUCUCAUCUGCAUCGUUAGACAGUCAUUAAACUACUUAAACCAGAUAAGGAAAGUGAUCUAAACAAAUAUGAAUUAUCAACAUACAGUUCGACGCCAAGUUAACUCUGUAAGGUCCUUAAAGUUGGAUUCAUCUCAGAAUCGUUUGUGCUAUGAUAAAGCCAAUAAUGGAAUUUACCGAUCAUCAGACAUGAUGAGGAAGCAACAUCGGCUUAGGGAAUUAACACAAAUUACUUCAAUCCGUAUGUACCACUGCCAAAACUUUUAAUAGCAGAUCACCUAUCAUGUUACUACCAAAACCAUAAGGAAGCAAUGAAGGCAACUAAUUAACAAAGAGAUGCUAAACUUUUACCCUUGUUUUUGUGUGUUUGGAUGGUUAUUGACAAUGACAAGAAGUUGCUGCUCCAGAUGAACAGAAGCAUCCAUAAUUUGAUUAAGAAAUGUUAGAUUCCUUUGAGAAAAUGAAUUUCCUUCAUGACAUGCAUUACUAUAUACAAAAGAUAACCAGGAACUAAUAGUUCAAAGUAUUAGCAAACAGCUACCCAGAUAUUGAUAAUUUAGAUUAACAUCAUACAAAGUAGGUUUACAAACAAGAAUAAAAUUGAAAGAAUGUUAGACCAAGAACAUAACAUAGGCUAACUAUAAAAAGUGUAAUCACUAAAUGAUACUAGUCAUUAUUACAGCCUUAUUUAGAGUUGACAAUAAAUUCAGGGCCACAACCACAUAAACUGUUAACCAUGUUAACCUUAUUCAGGCCCCUCUUGAUGACCUAACAUACUGCGGCAACAAAUAUCCUCAAAAAUAUUUUUUUUGUGAAGUUGUCAUGAUCACUGCCCCAAACUUAUGGAACCAGAUUCCACACAUAUGUUGAAAGAUAAAUGUCGGCGAUAAUGAUGCAGAAUACAAAUACUUCUAAAUUUCCACAGAAACAAGCUUCAAUAAGAUGGUUAGAAUUCCGGAAAAUGAACAAGUAUGUAUCAAUAAUCAAUGAAAUAGUAGCAUGGGCAUUUGAAACAUUUAUCAGAAAUCUGUCUGCUUCAUAGUUGCCUCCCAUUCAGUAACAUCAAAAUGCACAAAUUCCAAAUUUGAUCUUAAAGUGAUGUAAAAUAUAAUAAAGUGCUCACUAAGACUUUGUCUAAUCAAAGCAAUUUUAUUUUAUAAUGCUUGUAUAAAGCAUCAUAAGCCAAAAAAAAAAAAAAA